GUUUUCUUUGCGUUGCUUCUUCUUCUUCUUCUUUUCCAUUGUGUAAUGAAAAGUUUUGCGAACCUAUUUAUUUUGCGUAGUGUGAUGACGCUGCUACUAUAGCAGCAAUUGUCACACAAAUGGCAAUAGCGUAAAGCGCGCACAAGAAAAGCAACAACAACAGCAAACAAACAAAAAAUAGAACCUCAGUUGCUUUGGCUUUGAGCCGCACAAUACACAUUCAAAUCGAUUAGUUGAUUCGAAAAACUCAAAACUAGUACAUCGCGAACUGUCGACUGUUGCCAACAUAAUUUGAUAGGAGUUCUCUGUCACUCGUCGCUCAUCUGGUUUCCAUUUACGUUCUGUUCGAAAUUCAGUUAUCGUUGUUGUUCGUAAUAAUUGUGUACAGCGUUGUUAUUUUGUGCUUUGUUUUAGUUGUGCCUGCAUUUGAUUUUUUCCGAUUCGUACACACGGCCUUUUGCUCAAGUGUCAGUUACGGUUGUAAUUUGUGUUGUUUCCAAGAGAAUCAUAAAAUUUAGGACGCAACCAUGGAAACCGAAGAUGUUGAAUCUUCGCACAGUACAAUGUCAAGCUUGAAUAGCUUAUUCUCGUUCACCAGUCCGGCCGUGAAAAAGUUGCUUGGAUGGAAACAGGGUGAUGAAGAGGAGAAAUGGGCCGAAAAGGCUGUUGACAGUUUGGUGAAAAAGUUGAAAAAACGCAAGGGUGCAAUUGAAGAUUUGGAACGUGCUUUAUCAUCACCGGGAAUGCCGUCGAAAUGUGUAACAAUCCCUAGAUCGCUGGACGGACGAUUACAGGUCUCACAUCGCAAAGGAUUACCACACGUUAUUUACUGUCGCGUAUGGCGUUGGCCCGAUUUACAAUCUCAUCAUGAACUAAAACCGAUCGAAUCUUGCCAGUUUCCAUUCAGUGCAAAACAAAAAGAAGUCUGCAUCAAUCCGUAUCAUUAUAAGCGUGUUGAGAGUCCGGUGUUGCCACCCGUAUUGGUGCCACGUCAUUCGGAAUUUGCACCGGGCCAUUCGUUGCUCCCAUUUCAACAAGUGAACGAACCGAAUAUGCCACACAAUGUUAGUUAUUCCCAAAUGUCAAAUCAGAAUUUCGUGAAUCAAAAUAGCCCGACGAGUCCGACUAUGUCGUCGGUGUCAUCAGUGAAUUCGAAUCCAAACAGUCCAUAUGGUAUUUCAUUACCGGAAACACCGCCACCCGCCUAUGGCCUAUCGGAUGAUGCAAAUUCCAACAAUGCUGACCAGCCAAUGGACACAACCAAUCCGAAUCCGGGCCAUGUGCAAAUCAGCUAUCAAGAACCACCGUUUUGGGCAUCGAUUGCCUACUAUGAACUCAAUUGCCGCGUUGGCGAAGCGUUCCGUUGCAAUUCACUGUCGGUAAUCAUUGACGGUUUUACAAAUCCCUCAAACAAUUCCGAUCGCUUUUGCUUGGGCCAAUUGAGUAAUGUGAAUCGCAACAGUACAAUUGAGAAUACACGUCGUCACAUUGGCAAGGGAGCGCACGUGUAUUUCGUGCGCGGUGAAGUGUUUGUCGAAUGUCUGUCGGAUUCAGCGAUUUUCGUACAGAGUCGCAUGUGCAAUCAUCAUCACAAUUUCCAUUCAAGCACCGUGUGCAAAAUUCCACCCGGUUGCUCGCUGAAAAUCUUCAACAAUUCGGAAUUUGCAACGUUGCUAUCGCAGGCCGUUAAUCAUGGCUACGAAUCGGUGUUUGAGCUCACCAAAAUGUGCACGAUUCGUAUGAGUUUUGUAAAGGGUUGGGGUGCCGAAUAUCAUCGACAGGAUGUUACUUCAACACCUUGCUGGGUGGAGAUUCAUCUGCACGGACCGUUGCAAUGGCUCGACAAAGUUCUCACACAAAUGGACUCACCGAUCAAUGCAAUCAGCUCGGUGUCCUAAGGAAAAACACACAUACAUCUCACGCUCCAACCCACCACCAGCGGCGUUAAUAAUAUUCGAUUGAGAGAGAGAAUUAGCAGUUAAUUAAAUAUAGACAUGUAAGAGUGUUUCGACGUUGGUUAAACAAUGUCUACGCGCGUCUCUACGUAAAUACGAAUUGUUUGUUGUAUACAACAACAACACGCACUUAUUUGAUUUUUGGCAUUCGACAAAUGUGUAGAAUUUUUUGUUGUUGUUAUUGUUGAAAGAAAGUGGACCAACAAUCACACUAUAUAAAAAAGAGUCCACACUUAGAAUCUUACAAUGGAUUUGCAAGAAACGAAAAAACCCGAAUGAAAAAAAAAAAAAAAUUGUGAAUGUCUUACCUAGUUUUAAGAGCAUGUAUUUUGUGUACUGAACAUGAAUGAAAAGAAGAGGAAAAAAUUAAGGAAUAAUUUAAAAAAUAUGUUUGGCUCUCGUACGUUAGGUAUUUGCAUAUGUUUUGCUUGCACAAAUUCAAAUUUUAUACAAAAAAAAAAUAGUUUAUAUUUUUUUUUCGUUUAAAAAAAUUUAUUUCGUCUCUCCGACGAUUUAUAUUCGGUAGCUAAAUUUUAUUUGCGAACUUCGGCAGGAGACUUCAUUUUUUUUUCUCGAUGAGUUCAACAAUAUUUUUUUUUUUUUCAAAUUAUUUUUGUGAAUUGGUUUUUGAAAUCCGUUGACUAAUUUAGCAAUUUAUUUUAUCUAAAUGAUACCAAUUAGCCCAAGAGCCUAAACAAAUGGAAGAACAUUGGGCACACCUGGUUUUAUUUUAAGGAAAUUUGAGAUUAAAAACAGACGAAAAAAAAUGAAAAGAAAAAAUGGAUUUUUUUCUUCGAUAAAACAAAAAAAAAAGGCAGAGAUAUAGAGAUAUUUAGUCAAAGAUGCACCACCCAAUGUAUACAAAACGAUCUCGGCAAAGCAAACUCAUUAAAUAAUCAUAUAACGAAUAGGAGAAGAAAACAAAAACAAAAACCAUCUCAAGUUGAUGUGCGCCAUAUUAAAUGAAAUUUGUCUGUUUAAUUCGUUUCUUCAAAGAAAAAUGAUACUAUAUCUAUAAAAUAAAUAAUAAUCUAAAGAUGACGAGAGAAAGAGAGAAAAAUUGAAAAAUAUUAACAUUAGAAAUUGUGCCGAUUACAUUUACAAUUGAAGUGUCUGUUGAAAAUUGUAGCUUUGUUUUUUUUUCCGCUAUGGAAAUGAAUAAAUUUUCUAUAUUUUACGCUAAGAAGACAAAA